CUUACAGUUAUAUGCGAAAACUCCCUGUUUUAGCGAAUUUUAGCCGCAUCAUGCACUUUUGGUGCGCACCCCACCAAAAAUUAAUGAUAAUUGACAAAACUCACCCAACAAUCGCACUACCACCUCCAGCACCAUCCCAAUUAGGCAAUUUCGACUUUAUUCGCAAGCUCCUACCAUGGCACGUUCAAAGAGCAAAAAAAUCGAGAAACCACUGCCUUUAGUAGGCAAAAAACGACAGAGAAAACCUACGGCUAAGGCCUCCUCCGCUCUACCUUCUCCUGAUACUGGUGCUAGCGGAGCUAAUCCCCAAAGGGAGCGUACUAUCGAAAUAUCGUCGUCGUCGUCCAGCGAGUCUCCAGAGCCCGAAGCUAAGACCCACGUGGUUACCGUGAACUGGCAGGUUUACCUGAACCAUAAGCUAGUUCAUUCGGAGUCUUUUCAGGAGGAUUUUUUAUUGAUUCUACAUAAUGGAUACCGAUUUUGGCAGGGCUGGGUUCAGAUGAGGGUCAACGAAGCGGCGAAGACGGAUAAGGAGAUUAAAGCUAGGAGAAAAUGGAAGGAAAUAUAUGGAGCUUUGAGUAAUCGAUAGAUCUUCCAUAUCCAAGAUAGGGAGAGCUUUGAGAGGUUCGAAAAAAUAAUGGUUUCUAGGGGCUCAAAAGGCGUUAAUUGCGUUAUUAAAGCUCGAUUCGUCACCAAAGGAGACCCCGAAUCGUUACCGGAACCAGAGAAAGCGUCAGGAAAGAGAAGAAAAACACCAGAUCCUCCCAAGCUAGUCUAUUCAGAUAACGACAGUGACGCUAAAAAGAGCAUUCCCCCCAUUAAGAAGGCUAGGAAAACAGCUACUACUAUUGCUAUUGCGUCUUUAGUCGAGGAUAGGAAGACACAAUCGAGAUAUCAGGAGAGAUUGAGC